AUGGCUACUACAGCCAUGUACGCGCGGGCUUUGGCGCUGUUUGCUGUGGUGGUGGUCACGCAAUCACUCACCAUGGACGAAGAGGCAACGAGCACUGUAAUAGCAGCAGCGGAUUCAGCACGUGAUGGUGGUGAGCUGGCGAUCCUCGUGCGAGGACCUUCUGGAAGUGCUGCCAGGAGAGAAGAGUUGCUGCAUGCUAAGGGAGCUGAAGAUGUUGCUAUCUCACUCUUUUAUAAUGGGAAGAGUAAUAAGGUAUCUCUGGAGAGUCUCCAUGGAGGUCACAUAAAGUCUGUGUCGUGGGGACUGAGUGACAACCCUCGUGGUACCCUUGCUCUGGUGAUCACUCCCAGCAGAGUGAAACUCAUCGUGGGCUGCAAGCCUCUGCACUGGCAUAGCAUGUCCGGCAGACACGAUCUGCUGGCUACGUUGUCCAGCCAGAAAAUGAAAUUGUAUCACGAAGAAAAUGCACCAGUGGAAGUAUAUAGUAGCGAACGUGCAGUUUUGGAAUCCCUAAACUGCAACCAUCACGCUGAUACCAUGAAACCACCAGCGCUCACGACGGUAGAAGAAACAGAUUUUGAAGAAGUUAGAGACUUCUUAGCGAACGAUGCUAGAAGGAAGAGAGAGGAACAGAUGCAGGGGGAUGAGUACAGAGGAAAUUACAUCGACCCUAAUGUUCUGCCACAACCUCCUCCACAGCCGAACCGAGGAGAUAUACCUUCUAAUGCUAUUGAAUCUUGUGAUGAUGAGGUGAUCCGUCAGCUCACGUUGCUCCGUCAGACUAUCGACCAUCUUCGUCGUGAGAUUGGAGAACAGAAGGGCACCAUUGACAGUCUGCGCACUCAGUUGCGUCAGUGCUGUAAUAGAGUGGUAGUCCCUACUCCACCACCCGUGGAGCGAUGCAGCGGAACUUCUUGCUAUCCCGGCGUGGAGUGCCGUAACACGGCGGCGGGGGUACAAUGCGGGUCGUGUCCGCAAGGCAUGGAGGGAGACGGACGGAGGUGCAGACCCAUCUCCUGCAGCAGACGACCAUGUUCACAAGUGGAGAGAUGCGUGGACACGGAGCAGGGUUACCGAUGUGAGAGAUGUCCAGGACGACAGACCAGCGAUGGCCAAACCUGCCGAGCUGCAUGCAGUACCAACCCUUGCUUUGGAGGACGUGUCCAAUGCCAAGACUUACCAGAUGGCAGCUACCGAUGCGGAUCUUGUCCAGAAGGUUAUCAUGGAAACGGAGAACAAUGUUACAGGAUCUCCUGUCGGCAGAAUACUUGCUUCCAAGGCGUCGAAUGUCAAGAGACAGCAUCAGGUCCUCGUUGUGGAUCCUGUCCAGCUGGUUACCAUGGCAACGGGCAGCAGUGCCAACAUGUGUGUGAUUCUCACAAACCAUGCGGGAACAGGCGGUGUAGUCCUACGACCAGCAGUCCCUAUUAUAAAUGUGAAGGAUGUCCUAAAGGAUUCGAAUGGAAUGGAUAUGGAUGUGUCGAUAUAGACGAAUGUGACCUGAUCAGACCAUGUGAUGAGGUGGUAUCAUGUCGUAACGAGGAGGGUGGGUUCACAUGUGGACCUUGUCCUGCCGGCUAUGAAGGCAGCUCAGGAUGGAGAGGCUCUGGCAACGAGCGCCGCAGGGAACAGUGCGUCGAUGUCGAUGAGUGCGCUGAUGGAAGGGCCAACUGUCCUAGAGGCAGGCUCUGUGUUAAUACUCCGGGUUCGUUCACGUGCGUGCCAUGUGGUGGCGGGUUCUACGUGAACACGACGCGCCCGUGUCAGUCGGCCGACUCCCUCGUACUGCGCUGCGACCCCGCGCACUGUCGGCGGUACAACGCCGUCUGCGGGUACGGACACAAGUGCGUCUGUGCGACGGGUUGGGCAGGAAAUGGUACAGUUUGUGGACCUGACAAGGAUCUGGACGGCUACCCUGACCACCAGCUGGCUUGUUUGGAACCCCGGUGUAGAGCUGACAACUGUCCUGAAGUCUCCAACUCUGGACAGGAGGACGCUGAUGGAGAUGGUAUAGGAGACUCCUGUGACCCUGAUGCUGAUGGUGAUGGAAUUGCUAAUUUACCGGACAACUGCCCACUUACUCCGAACCCUGACCAAUCGGACCGUGAUGAUGACCGCAGUGACAAACGAGGAGAUGCUUGUGACAACUGUCCUCGAAGGUACAACCCUGGACAGGAGGAUACUGAUGGUGACGGCAUAGGAGACGUCUGUGAUCCUGACAUGGAUAAUGAUGGUAUACCAAAUGAGAUGGACAACUGUCCACGGCGCUACAACCCGGCUCAAGAGGACAUAGACAACGACAGCGUGGGAGACGUGUGUGACAACUGUCCCAGGAUACGGAACCGGGCGCAGGAGGACGCUGACAGAGACGGAGUCGGAGACGCAUGUGAUAGCGACAUUGAUAGGGAUCAAGACGGUAUCCAAGAUGGUAUAGACAACUGUAUGAUGGUGCCUAACAGUGACCAGCUCGACGUGGACGAGGAUGGCAUAGGAGACGCGUGUGAUGACGAUGAUGAUGGAGACGGCAUCCCUGAUGUACAGGAUAACUGUCCUUACAUCAAGAACCCUGACCAGAAGGAUUCUAACAACGACGGCGUGGGCGACGCGUGCGACAACGACUACGACGGCGACAACGUGAUCAACGAGCUCGACAACUGCCCCAACAACUCCAAGAUAUUCCGCACUGACUUCAGGAACUACAUGACAGUCCGACUGGACCCUGAAGGUGAGUCCCAGCAGGAUCCUAACUGGGAGAUAGCGAACGAAGGUGCUGAGAUAUUACAGACAUUGAACUCUGACCCCGGCCUCGCUGUCGGCUUCGAGAGCUUCAGCGGAGUAGACUUCGAGGGAACAUUCUUUGUCGACACACAGAUCGAUGAUGAUUACGUCGGAUUCAUAUUUGGUUACCAAAACAACAAGCGUUUCUACGUGGUGAUGUGGAAGAAGAACACGCAGACAUAUUGGCAGACCACUCCGUUCAGGGCGGUGGCCGAGCCAGGCAUACAGCUCAAACUAGUCAACUCCAAGACUGGACCAGGGAAGACGUUGAGGAAUGCUCUCUGGAACACUGACACUACGCCUGAUCAGGUGACAUUACUAUGGAAAGACCCGCGCAACGUGGGUUGGCGCGAGAAGACCGCGUACCGCUGGCGUCUACUGCAUAGACCGAAACUUGGUCUCAUUAGACUGAAAGUAUACGAGAAUAACCGUCUGGUGGCUGACUCUGGCAAUGUAUACGACUUCACUUUGAAGGGAGGACGGCUCGGAGUCUUCUGCUUCUCACAGGAGAUGAUCAUUUGGUCUAACCUCGUUUAUAGGUGUAAUGAUAAAAUCCCUUCGAACAUAGCGACGGAGCUAUCAUCGCGGAACAACUUCGAAGUAGACCACGAUUUCGUCUACGUUUAG